AUUUGAAUACUCGAUUGUUCGUGGGUUAAAAAACAAAAAAAAAAAUGGAGUUUAUAAAUUUUUGAUGACAAGCCUAAAAAUAAUAAUAAGAAUAAAAAAAAAUAAUAAAUAAAUUGUGUGUAAUUGAUUAUUUUUGAUGGAGCUUGGUUAACAUGAAGCUCAAGAUAUUAAAUAUACGUUUUUUAAAAUUGUCAAUGAUAAUAUUAGAAGCUACGGAAUGUUGAGCAUUAUAGCACCAUCAAAAUUUGUCCUAACUCUUCAAUCAAUACCACCAUAUAUAUUUGAAAAUAUUCUUGUACUUGUAUUUGUAAUUAUUCUUUCGUAUCCAUUAAUUUUACGUAUCAAGAAAUUUUUAGAAAAUUUGAGUAAUAAUGAUUUGAUAAUUGCCAAUCAACGUAGUAAUAUACGGAAAUAUGAUAAUAAUGAUUGUCAAAUAAUUAGACACAAGGCAUUCAUACCAAUUAAUUCAAGAAUUAGUAUCAAUCAAAUUGACACAAUACUGCCUGUCACACAAAUUCCAACAACAGUUAAUCAAGUUAAUUUAAAUACAUCAGAAAAUACAACUGACCUAAUUGAUUCAUCAAUAAUAUUAUCAGCUUACAAUUAUGAUUAUUAUCGUAAUAAAAUUAUUGAAAAAAAAUUAAGCAAUCAAUAUGGUAAUAAACAAGCACCUGGUAAUGUUGUGUUAAAUUCACUUCAUCUUAAUACAAUUGAUUCAAAAACUGGUAUUAAAAUUGGUGAAAAAUAUAACAAUGAUAUAUUUGAUUUUAUUGAAGAGUUACAUAAUUCAAAUAGUCAAAUUAAAAUUGAAUAUUAUGAUCCAUUAAAGCAUUUUUUGAGAAAAAAAAAUUAUGAUAAAUGUAUGACUAUUGAUUGUGCUACUGGAACAAAUGAAUUUACAAACAAUGAUAUUGAUAAAAAAAUUGAUAAUAUUAAUUCAACUGGACAACAAAAAAUAAUACAAAAAUCCAUUGAUAAACGUAAACCAAUUGAUACUAGUGUUGUUGAAAAAAAUAAUAAUAUUCAUCGUGUUAAAUCACCAAGAAUAUCAAAUCGUUCUGAGUUAAUUGAUAAUUCAUCAAGACCAAGUAGUGCAGCUAGAGAUAAAAUACAUAAUACACCAAAUAAAUUAAUUAAAAAUAAAGCUAAAUUAAAAAAUGAAGUAGUACAAAAAAGACCAACAACACCAGCAUCACCAAUUUCAAAAGAUACUGUUAAAAAAGUUGAUAAUAUUGAAAAAGCUGAUAAUAUAAAAUUGAAUGAAAAAGUAUCAUCAUCAUGCUCAUCAAAUGUAUCGAGUGAUGAAUUUAAUAUUAAAAAAAAUAAUACACCAAUUAAGGUAAUUGAUAAGCGUAUUAAUUCAAGACCAUCAUCAUCGUCAUCUGGACUACCAUCAAAAACAAUGAAAACAUUAAAAUCAAAAAUUCAAUCACGACCAAAAACUAGUGAUAAUUUCGACUGGGAUGUACCAGAUGUUACGGGAAAAAAUUAUUUUCAAAUAAAUACAACUGGACAAGAUAAACAAAUAAAAUCAAAAUUACAAAAUUCAUUAAUAAAUGAUUCAAAAAAAAAUAAUAAUGAUGAUUCAAUGAUUGAUGUACCAGUACAAAUAAAUUCACAAAAAUUUAUUGAUACCAGUCAAAAUACUGAAAUGAAUUUGAAUAAAAAAAAUGAUGAUUUAUCAAAAAAUAAAAGAAAAACAUUUAAAAAGAAUGAUAAUAUUGAUGCACAAUUAUCAUCAAAUACAUUUGGUGUCAAUGAAAAUUCAUUAAAUUUCGAAACAUUAUUGGAGUGUAAUGGAAAUAAUUUAAAAAUAAGUGCUGAUAGUAUUACUGGCAAUGAAAGUGUUUGUACAAUUAUUGAAAAAUAUCAAAAAAUUGAAGAACCAAUUGAUAAAAAUAAUAAAGAAGAAAAAAUCAUUGAAACAUCAAGUUUACAUCCAGAUGUAUCAAAAAUAACAACAACUGGAUUUAUCAGUAAAUUACCAGUUUUAUCAUAUUCAACAAUAUCAAAAGAUAAAAAAUAAAUUACUUUAUUGGUUUUUUAAAAAUUAGAAAAAAUGAUAUUAAAAAUUUGAAAAGGAAUUUAUAAAAUUUAAUUUACAGGAAAAUUUAAGUAAUAAUGAUUUGAUAAUAAAUUUAUAAGGGCUUACUCAAGUUUCAUUAUGUUUAUGAUAAAUAUUAGAAUGUUUCGAAUUAUUUUAAUGAUAUAAUGAUUUAUUCACAAAAAAUAUACACUUAAAAUUGAUUUACAUAAUUGAGUUUGGGGACUUCAAUGCUAUAAUAUUUUAUUGACCAAAUUGAUAACUUCAUAUAAUUAAUUAGUUUUAUCGAUUCAAAUAUAUAUAAAAUAAAAAAAGCGAAUUUAAAUAUC